CUAGCGUCCUCAGGCCACGUGCUGUAUAAAAACGUGAGCAGGUAGCCGGCGUGCCAUAGUACCUUCGGGAGGGAACCGACCGAGGCAUCUCAGUCGGCUAAACGACCCGACAAUCAUCAUGACCGAACCCGAACCCAACAGCACUCCGCUUUCCGAACCCGUUGAAGAGAAGCCACAAGUGGAGAGGAAAGUUUUAGCUAAUUUGGUGCAAGGGAGAGUCAAGUGGUUCAACGUCCGGAACGGAUACGGCUUCAUAAAACGAAAUGACACCGAAGAAGAUGUGUUUGUACAUCAGACUGCCAUCAAGAAAAACAACCCGAGGAAGUUCCUCCGAAGCGUCGGCGAUGGCGAAGUGGUAGAGUUCGACGUCAUCGAAGCGGUCAAGGGUUCGGAAGCGGCUAACGUAACCGGGCCCGGCGGAGUACCCGUCAAAGGCAGUCGCUACGCACCCAACAAGCGGCGUUUCCGACAGCGGUUCAUCCCAGCCCCUGCCGAAGACCAACCGCCCGGCGGUGACGACGAUGAGAAACGCGCCGACAACACCGAACCGCGGCAGCAGCGCCAGAGACCUCGCCGACCCCGGCCGGAACCGCAAAAAGAUGAAGAUGGCAAGCCAAAAGACCCAGAAAGCGAUCAAACGGCAAGACGGCCGCGACGUGGGUUCUGGUGGCUGAAUCGCAGACCAAUCCGUCGGUGGCCUGCUUCGGACGUGAAGAGGGAAGAGAAGCAGGAGACAAGUGUGCCGGAGAAGCAGCAGGAAUCGUCAGAAAACGACGACUCCUCCAAGCAGCAGCGGCGGCGCCAACGUGGACGCCGCCGGCAGAAGAACUCUGAGUCGGGAGUCUCCAAACAGAAUGGUACUGAGAAACCCGCCUCGGAAUCCGUUGCGCCUACUCAGGCAUCCAAGGCCGACGAGAAAGCCAAAUCCCCAGAGCGCUCUGUUAAAAGCUCACCCAAAUCAACACAGACUCUCGACACAAGCCUCCCCGCACCGACGGAGUGACUCUUCCGACCGGACGGUUUUGGGACCCUCCAACAGGUCCACGGGUUGAAGGACUAGCUACGUUUGACAAUGCACGUCUCCUCUCUGUUCGUUCCCGCCUGAACCCGUGCCACCCCUCAGACUACCUUAGCCCCUGCCCCCACCUCUAUUUAGGGGGGCCGAGUUAGGGGCUCUAAAAAAGUGAAAUGGAUGCUGGUUCCAAUUCUCUACUUGUUGAAAAAAAAAAAAAAAAAUGGAUUGUUGUAUCAAGUAGUU